AUGAACGAUCGAGAAAACGAAGAGAAGUCCAACAACGAGCAGACAGGAAACGUGUCGGAACCGGCUAUGUCUGCGGCGGCGAUCGACGGCGUGGCGGCUUUGAGAUCGGUGUUUCAACGGGUAAAUCAGGCGGCGGAGAAAGCGGGUCGUGUGUCGGAUCGAAUACGGGUCGUAGCGGUGAGUAAGACGAAACCGGUUUCUCUGAUUCGUCAAGUGUACGACGCUGGUCAUAGGUCUUUUGGCGAGAAUUAUGUGCAAGAGAUCAUCGAGAAGGCGCCUCAGCUUCCGGAAGAUAUAGAGUGGCAUUUCAUUGGGAAUUUGCAGAGCAACAAAGUGAAGCCUUUGCUAACUGGAGUGCCUAACCUUGUGAUGGUGGAAAGUGUCGAUGAUGAGAAGAUUGCGAAUACGCUUGAUCGUGUGGUUGGAAACAUCGGAAGAAAGCCUUUGAAGGUCAUGGUCCAAGUGAAUACCAGUGGGGAAGAGUCUAAAUUCGGCGUGGAACCCUCAGGAUGCGUAGGACUAGCAAAACACGUGAAGGAAGCCUGCUCGAAUCUCGAGUUUUCUGGGCUGAUGACAAUAGGGAUGGCUGAUUACACUUCAACCCCAGAGAAUUUCAAGAUGCUUGCGAAAUGCAGAAGUGAAGUGUGUAAAGAGCUUGGUAUUCCGGAGGAGCAAUGUGAGCUAUCGAUGGGGAUGUCUGGUGACUUUGAGUUAGCGAUUGAACUGGGAAGCACAAAUGUGAGAAUAGGAUCAACGAUUUUCGGGGCGAGAGAGUACCCGAAUAAGAAGUGA